UUCCAACCUUGCCUCGUAGCUGCUAUAUAUUGAACGGAAUUUUUUGCACCGAAAAUGGACAUUUCAGGCAACUAGAUUGCCGAUGUUUUGGAAAACCACUGACGCUCGCUCUGCCAGCAGGAGGUAUGUCAUUUGCAUGGAUGUGCGUUUGGUCGGUUGAAGAAAGUGAGACAAAAUCAUCUUGAAGUGUUCUGGGUUUGCACUCAUUAAUACUAAAAUAAUAUCACCAAAUAUGCGUAAGUGGUAUCAAGCAUGUUUGGCGACAAUCGCAUUACUGAGUCUUGGCGCGUUGGUCGUUUAUAGACACGAGUACAAUAAACUUCGAUAUGUUCUCGAGGUACUGAAUUAUUUUGGUAAUCGAGAUGGUGCACGUUGCAAUGAGACUUGGACAACGAUGAAUGAGGGAAAUCUGCAGCAUCAUGACAGCAGUGAAAAUUUUGCUGAGCCAAUUCCCUCAUGGCAAAGAUUAACCAACGAAAUUUACGUGUAUUCCGCUUAUCGAACAAAUGUCGGAAAAGUUAAGGCAGUGAGCAUAGCAAAAUUUAGGCAAUUUCCUUCGUUGAUACUUUCUUGCGAUAUUUUGUACCUUGAAAAUGAUCAAAUUGGGUAUCUUCCUGGAAAAUUGUCAUAUGAAUCAAUUGAUUUAUCGGCUGGGGAAAAAAUUGUUGCACAAAAAGACAGAUACAGCAAUAAUACAUACAAGGCUCUCAACUUGGUUUGUAAUUUCAAAGAGAAUGAGCCGUAUAAGAUUAUAACCGCAGUCAAAUUUUCAACAAAUAGCCAUGUUAGUCCAGGAAGGGCAAAAAAUAAUGGAAUGACAAUAAUGCUGCCAGUGAGAGAAUCAAAAAUUCGAACAGACGACACCAAGGAUACCAGCAGCAUAAAUAAUGAGAUGAUUGCUGGUGUGUGUGUCGCUUCCUUCGAUUUAAAUCCUGUGAUUUCCAGAGAUAUAGCAGAUUUUAUAACUUUUCAUACGUUCCUUGGUAUCGAUCGAUUCAUUGUUUACGAUUUCGGUGGUACAGCUCCCAAAUUCACUGACCUAACGGAAUGGCCAAUGUCAAAAAGUUCUGGUGUUCCAUUGAUGUCGAGGCUUGCAACUUACACAACAUUGCCAUGGAAUUUCCCGUUUAGCAAAGUUCCCCCCGACGUUGUUCGAAGCAUUGUACAUACAGAUUGUCUCUAUCGUACUCGUAGGAAAGUCGACAUCAUUGUGACACUGACCUGGGACGAAUACAUUGUCUCCAAAUAUCAUUCUACAAUAGCCAAAUUAUUCUCAGAUUUUGAGAAAACCGAUUUUGUCGCUAAUCGUUAUAAGAUAUCGACGAAUAAUUUAUGCAUCGAUCAGACCGACGAUACCCCAAAAAUAUAUACGUACGAAAAAUUCAUGGAUAUCGAUCCUAUUUUUAUUUAUCGCCAAUUAAAAAAUAGCCAUUUGAAAGAAUCGAUCGAAACUAAUAUAACAACGCGAGAUCCGAGUCCCGAACUUAUAGUUAUUAAUAGAUACGAAGAUAAUUGCGAUCGCAACAGUAAAAAUAAAAAGGCGGAGUUCCGAGCCGCUUCUCUCGAUGAUUACGUUGGAAAGUUUUCAAAAUUGUUAAUAAACUCGACGUCGCUCUAAUAAAUAAUAAUUUACACUCUGGAUAUUAUUUGCGAAAGAAGAUUCAAUGUCUGAUAAUUCCUUGCAAUUUUUAUGUGUAUUUUCUAGAUAGAACAAUUCUUAUACAAGAGUAUAAAAUAAGAAUAAAUAGAUCAUCAAAGUGCCAGAGUAUCGCGUCGUGCACACUUUUGCGGUGUGUUGGCGUGACGAAAUAAUUGCUUUGUCUCUCCGCGACUGUGCAAUUGCGAAAACUUUUAUACGAUUUUUGGUAUGUAAAUUUAUUGCGAUAUCGGAGCAGCGAUGAGUUGAAUUGCCGAUAAGCAUGAGGAGAUGAUGUACGAAAAUCAUAAUAAUAAAUCAACAUUCAUUUGUUUA